AUAACUAUGGUAAAAUCCCAAAAACCAACAACAUAAGAAGUCACGGUAAAAUCACAAGCACCAACGAUACGAAAACCACAUUGAAAACCACUGUGAAAUCACAAGCACUAAAAAAACCACAAGCACCAAAUGACGCCAAGCCGAAAUUACAAGCACCAAUGAUGAAAAAAGCUAUGGCAUACUAA